AUGGCCGAAGCACUGGAUCCAAGAGAAGUCAACUCCCAGAUCGAUUCCUCGGUCGCAAAACAGUAUGACCGACAAACUCCCAAAGAAGGCCAGUGGAAAGACCGCUACGAACUCAUCGACGGAAAAAAGAUGAGCAUGCUGAGCACAUACCGUCAGGGGGUUGGACCUGUUGGCCGCUCGAUGGCUGUUGCAAAGCGCUCCGGACCGGACAUUUUGUACCUGGCGAACAGGCACUCGAAGAAAUUCCAAGAUCUCGACAAGAACAAGGAGGUCCAGAUCAUCUUCCAAGACAGCAAGACUCAGGACUGGAUUUCCAUCAGUGGCGCCGCGACGACGGCCAGCAGUGACGAUCCUAGGGUCAAAGAGCUGUAUACCUCGGGAGUCAGUGCUUGGUUCGGCGAUUUGAAGGACGGUGUCCACGACGGGACAUGGAAAGAUCCCCAGAUGAGCCUAAUCGAGGUUCACAGCAAGUAUAUCGUGUAUUGGAAGGAGACGUCGAGCCUUGGUUUCCAGAAGGAGGUCGGAACCGCCGCCCUUACUGGUGGUGUGGCUCAAACUUGGGUGCUUCGAGAGUUCACAGAGGAAGACAUCAUGCAAGAGCGUGAGUGA